UGGAGCUCUCCCGCCGGGGCUGCGAGGAAGGCUGUAGGUUUGUGAGGCCGCCUGGCUGAGACGAGCGAGGGAAAUGGUCCCCGCUCCGCCACUCGCCGGUUGAGGACGGGCAGCCCUGGCAGAGUGGCAGGCCAGCCGCGGCGCUGGGCGCCGGCCAGAAGGGGUGUACCGUCGUCCCGUCUUGCUGCUGAAUGUCGCUUCCAGAGGAUGAGGAGAGGCUUUUGCCGCUUGCCCAGAGAUGGCCCCGAGCGAGCAAGUUCCUCCUGUCCGGCUGCGCGGCUACCGUGGCGGAGCUAGCAACCUUUCCCCUUGAUCUCACAAAAACUCGGCUCCAAAUGCAAGGAGAAGCUGCCCUUGCUCGAUUGGGAGACAGUGCAAGAGAAUCUGCUCCCUAUAGAGGCAUGGUACGCACAGCCCUAGGGAUUGUUCAAGAAGAAGGCUUUCUAAAGCUUUGGCAAGGAGUGACACCUGCCAUUUACAGACACAUAGUGUACUCCGGAGGCCGCAUGGUCACUUAUGAACAUCUUCGUGAAGUUGUAUUUGGCAAAAGUGAAGAUAAGCAUUAUCCCCUUUGGAAAUCAGUAAUUGGAGGUAUGAUGGCUGGUGUUGUUGGCCAAUUUUUAGCCAAUCCAACUGAUCUAGUGAAGGUUCAGAUGCAAAUGGAAGGAAAAAGGAAACUUGAAGGAAAACCUUUGCGAUUUCGUGGUGUGCAUCAUGCAUUUGCAAAAAUCUUAUCUGAAGGAGGAAUACGUGGGCUUUGGGCAGGCUGGGUACCCAAUAUACAAAGAGCAGCACUGGUGAAUAUGGGAGAUUUAACUACUUAUGAUACAGUGAAACACUAUUUGGUACUGAACACUCCACUUGAGGACAAUAUCAUGACUCAUGGUUUAUCAAGUUUAUGUUCUGGACUGGUAGCUUCUAUUCUGGGAACACCCGCUGAUGUCAUCAAAAGCCGAAUAAUGAAUCAACCACGAGAUAAACAAGGAAGGGGACUUUUGUAUAAAUCAUCAACGGACUGUUUGAUUCAGGCUGUUCAAGGAGAAGGAUUCAUGAGUCUAUAUAAAGGCUUUUUACCAUCUUGGCUGAGAAUGAUGAGAAAACCAUGGCUCCAAGUACAAGAAACUUGCUCAAGUUCAUACAGCCAGUGUGUGGCAGAGCUGGGAACAGACCACAGGUCUGUUGAGUUCUAAACCCAUGCUCCUAACUAAUACAAUGUGCAGAAUGUCUUGAGAUCCUGAAGCUAGCUGUAAAAGUUGUCAGGGGAAAGGGACAGUGUGUAGUGGUAAAGAGAUGUUGCUAGAGAAAGGCUGGCUAACCACCAAAGGUCGCCAGGGUGGCACUGCCUUGUUGAUGUGUCACAGUACAUGACCAUGACCUUAAAAGCUGAGUCAUGGGCACUUCCCAGUAAACUGGCCUUGCAAAUACAGAUUUCACCCUCAACUGAACUCACUGAAACUGAUGAUCAGACCACAGCAUUGGCUCAUUCACAUUGAGAAACACACUUGGCAAGUGAUCCAGAUGCUAAAGUCCUCUCAACAGUGUGCUUCCUCCUAAAUUCAAGUCAUCUGUGAAGGCAAGUUAUAAUCAGAAGUUUGCUUACUACACACGGAAUAAUAACAGGAAGAGCUUAUUCGUAAUCUUAGUAUUUAAGAAUAUCCAAGAGCCCUUAAUGUUCAGCCCCACAGUAAAAGGCAUGGAGAAGGACUCUUGUUUUUCCAGCAGUUAUGGCAACAGGCAGACCAGAGCAGACAACACGGAGUCAUACACUUGCAUUAUUUACAACAGUGUAACUAUGCUAGGGAAGAAAAAAACACAGAGGCUCAGUAUAUGCCAUUCGUAUCCUACCCCGUUAUUGGCUGUAUGAUCUCCCUGUUUAACUUCUAUUCAUAACCCAACUAAACUCAACCCCAGUCCCUCCCACUAGGUAAGGGUAGUGCGACCUUGCUUUGCUCACUCACUGAUUAAUAUUUACUUCAUUUGCCUACAGAAGCCUGACCACCUGAGUAGCUAGGAAUGAUUAUAUAAUCCACUCUUAGGUGAGACCUCUAUUCCUUGAUCUGAUGGCAGCUUGAUCUGAUGGCAGUUAUAUCACUGGCUCACUUCAUUUUUCAUAUUCUUUAUUUUGUCCAUGUCUCCCAUAUGGUUAACUAACCAACAUGUGUUCUCCUAAAUCCACUGGUAAAGUCUCAGUCUCCCAAUAUAACACACUCAAUAUUUCCAAACACAGUACAUAAAUAUUGCUUCACAAACUCUCUAACCAAAUACAUUUUAUAUUCUAAUUGCUCAAGCUUCUUUUUUGACUCUAGUUGGAUAGUUUCUUUCUGAUCAAUAUUACCUGUCACCUAUGAACCAAACCAGACAGGACCUGGAUCCAAAAUACCCCUCCUCUGAUGAUACUUCCAGUGUUUCCUCUGCUACUUCCUUCUUUGUCUUUGAUGUUUUUAUCUUCCUUUGUUGAAAAGCCCUCAUCCCCUUAUAAUUCCUUUUGAUGUGGUUAUACCUUUAUUCAAGUUAGUCAAGUCUUUCUGAGCUGGAAACUCUUUUCCCUAUUUUAUAUUAAAUUUUAUAACCACUUUGUAAUACAUCAGGUGUUGAGCUUCUGAUCUAACUCUCAAAGGAUAAUCUUUCAUCUUCACUUGCAAGUUCUUAACUGACACCUUGUCACCCUUUACAAUCUACACACAGAGGAGCCCAGCCUAGAAUUCAGGCAUGCCGAGUCCCAGCCUCUUAGCAGGAAUGUUCAAUAGAAGGAACCCUGGAAUGCAAGCCAGAAGCCUGUUCUCUAGCUUAACAACAUGUUGAUAGCUUUUUGAUUGCUAAGCCUCAGUGUCCUCAUCUGUAAAAUGGGGUAUCAUUACCUUUCCUUUCUGUUGUAAAGUGUUCAGAGAAAUCUAUGAGAUAAAAGACAUGAAAAUACUUUGUUAAUUAUAAAGUGGUCUAUAAAGGUGAAAUACCAAAAUAUUUAUUUUCAGCCUAAGUGGAUUCAAAAUGACUUUGUCAUUCAGAGAUGUAUGAAUGCAUAAAUGUAGAAUAUUCAUAAUCACUUUGAAAUAUGCACUAACUUCUUUGGUUAAUC